GGGCUAAUAAAGAAACGAGCUAUGGGCCACAAAUGGCCCCCAGGCCACACUUUGGACAUCCCACCACCAGGGCCGCAUUAACCUACGGGUUUUAGCCCCCCCUCCAACCAGGAAAAAACCUCAACAACCCCUCGCCCCCAACAACACCCCCACCGGCCCCAAAAACAUAAGUUUGAAAAAAAACUAAUCAUGAUAGUACUCAACAGAACCCCAACAAUGCAAAAAUAUUGUCCAUUUAAAAAGAAAAUACAUCUACAAAACCCAAAACCAGUGAAGUUGGCACGUUGUGUAAUUCUUAAAUAAAAACAGAAUAAAAUGAUUUGCAAUUUUCUUUCAACUUAUAUUCAAUUGAAUAGACUGCAAAGACAAGAUAUUUGAUGUUUGAACUGAGAAACUUUUUUUUUUUUUGCAAAUAAUCAUUAACUUUACAAUUUAAUGAUGACAACACAUUGCAAAAAAGUUGGCACAGGGGCAUGUUUACCACUGUGUUACAUGGCCUUUCCUUUUAACAACACUCAGUAAACGUUUGGGAACUGAGGAGACCAAUUUUUGUAGCUUUUCAGGUGGAAUUAUGUCCCAUUCUUGCUUGAUGUACAGCUUAAGUUGUUCAACAGUCCGGGGUCUCCAUUGUGGUGUUUUAGGCUUCACAUUGCGCCACACAUUUUCAAUGGGACACAGGUCUGGACUACAGGCAGGCCAGUCUAGUACCUGCACUCUUUUACUAUGAAGCCACGCUGUUGUAACACGUGGCUUGGCAUUGUCUUGCUGAAAUAAGCAGGGGCGUCCAUGAUAACGUUGCUUGGAUGGCAACACAUGUUGCUGCAAAACCUGUAUGUACCUUUCAGCAUUAAUUAUUAUUUUUACAUAAAAUGUUAUUAUAUAUGCCUGUUUAAUAUGUUACUACUGUUAUUUCAGACAACACAUCAAAAUCUCUAAGGAUUGAUUGAAGUGAUUUAAUAAAUAUUAUAAAUAUUACUCAGACUAUAACCGUAAAGUCACACUCUGUAAUCGUUGCAUCCCUACUCCCACCUUGGCCCACACACACACACACACACACACACACACACACACACACACACACACACACACACACACACACAGCGCUCCAGCCUUCACACUAACUUGUGCCAUCACUUCAUUAUGCAAGGCUGCAUUACUGAAACUUCCCUGACGUUGUGAUUAUUUUGAGUCAUUCUGUUUAUUUCUAUUAUGCAAGGUGGCAGUUAUCGUCAAUGAUAUACGGGGGAAAUAGCCAUCAUAUUAAUGAUAUGACACGUGACAUUUUAGCAAGCUCAGAUGCACGGCAAAGAAGGCUCUAAAUUAUGUACCUCAUCCCAUCGUACUUGUUGCUAGGCAGCCUUUGUCGGGCACGAUCAUUUGUAGCCCCAAACGAUAAAUGCACACAGAGUUUGGUGACGCAAAUAAAAAGUUUCACUGUACCCUAAUGUAAAAUCUACACUGCUGAUGUUCAAAAGUAUAUUAUUAAUGACUUCUAUAUGUUGUCUUUUUGUCUUUGCAGUGAAAAAAGCCAAGCUUGAUGGACCCCAAGAAAAAUUCAACACUUACGUGACACUGAAGGUGCAGAAUGUUAAGAGCACGACCAUCGCCGUGCGUGGCAGUCAGCCGUGCUGGGAGCAGGACUUUAUGUUUGAGAUAAACCGGCUGGACCUGGGCCUGACAGUGGAGGUGUGGAAUAAAGGGCUGAUCUGGGACACCAUGGUGGGCACUUUGUGGAUCCCCCUGAGCAGCAUACGGCAGUCCAAUGAGGAGGGUCCAGGUCAGUGGUUGACCCUGGACUCCAAUGUGAUCAUGGCUGAGAAUGAGAUCUGCGGCACCAAAGACCCGACCUUUCACAGGCUGCUGCUGGACACCCGCUUCGAACUGCCACUAGACAUUCCAGAAGACGAGGCCAGGUACUGGGCCAAGAAGCUUGAGCAACUCAAUGCUAUGAGAGACCAAGAUUGUGCCUACCAAGAGGAACAGGAGAAGCCGCUCCAUGCGCCAUCCACACAAUGCUGUAAUUGGAGUCUGUGGGGAGAUCAGCAGAACGACGACCCGGACAGCGCCGUGGACGACAGGGACAGCGACUACCGCAGCGAGACCAGCAAUAGCAUGCCCCCGCCCUUUUACACAACAUCUCAGCCUAACGCCUCCAUGCAUCAGUAUCCCAUCAGGCAACAGCACUACAACCACUCGUACAAUGACGACAUGGACUAUGACCACAGAGACAUGAGACACAAUGAUAGUUUAGACUCGGCCACCAACGGGCGCAGCGAUAUCGACUCAGGCUCUGGGUCGAGCCGGCGCACCAGUCGCCAAUAUUCUCUAGACAGUAGGCAUUCGCUGUCCAAUAGCCCCACAGACAGCCGCUACGCCUCGUCGGGUGAGCUGAGCCGAGGCAGCUCCCAGCUGAGCGAGGGGUUUGCCCCCGAGGACGGCGAGAGCUUGCGAGGCUCCGAGUUCUACGACGAAAAUGACUCGUACCACUCCUGCCACUCCUCCAUCAGCUACGGCAAGGAGGACUUCCCGGGCUGGGACGGGGAGGACCCGCAGGGGGUCUACAGCGACGAGGGGAGCUACGUCAAAGAUGGAGGCGAAGACCGGGCGCUCUUUGACGAGGAGGGUGAGACGUAUGAGGAGGAAGGGGAGUACAACUACGAAGACGAGGAGGAGAUGCCGUACGAGGGGGAUGAGGAGAUGUACCCAGUUGAAGGUGUCGUCCGUGAGGAGCAGGAGCCACCUUACACCCCAGUCAGCACCGCUACCACCCUCCUACCCCCAUCUGAUAGUGUGUCCUCCAGCAGGCCGCCCCUGGAAAAACAGACGUCGUUGCAUCAGCAGCAACCGCCUCCCGAACAGUCCCAACCCUCAAGAACCACUCCUCCCCUCCAACAAGAUGACACCUUGCCCCCUUUCGCCUCAGAAUCAGCUCUUUUUGCACCCACACAGCAAGACGUAUUUAACACCACUGCUACCAUCAACGGCACGGCCACGAUAUCACCGAUUCUAGAACACGAUGUCAAGUUCCAAGAGCCUGAGCCAAAGUUCGAGCUGCCCCUGGAGGUACCUGCACCGGUGGAGCCACCUACGGCUGAGGAGAGCGUUCCACCGGCUGCUGAGGAGAAAGCAGAGGAGCCCCGUGUCCCCAGUUUCCCAAAGAGGGAACUUAUGGAACCCGGCCCUGCGAGAGCCAAAGCCAACUGGCUCCGGUUGUUCAGCAGAGUACGGCUACAGUUGCAAGAGGCCCGAGGAGAGAGUGUCGGCAUCGCCUCUCUGCUAUUAUCAGCGGGGAUGGGUGGCGCUCUUUACAGCAUCGACAGCAUGCCAGACCUCAGGAAGAGGAAAGCGAUGCCUCUGGUCAGAGAUCUGUCACUGGUGCAGAGCUCCAGGAAGGCCGGCAUCACUUCAGCCCUAACGUCCAGCACACUGCAUAACGAAGAACUGAAGAGUCACGUCUAUAAGAAGACCCUCCAGGCUCUCAUCUAUCCCAUCUCCUGCACGACUCCGCACAAUUUCGAGGUGUGGACGGCCACCACCCCUACCUACUGCUACGAGUGCGAGGGUCUGCUGUGGGGCAUCGCUCGUCAGGGCAUGCGCUGCACAGAGUGCGGGGUCAAAUGCCACGAGAAAUGCCAGGAUCUACUCAAUGCUGACUGUCUGCAAAGGGCCGCGGAGAAGAGCUCCAAACAUGGCGCGGAGGACCGAACUCAGAACAUCAUCAUGGUCCUCAAAGACCGCAUGAAAAUCCGCGAGAGAAACAAACCGGAGAUCUUUGAGCUCAUUCAGGAGGUCUUCUCCGUCCCCAAGCCAACCCACGGCACGCAGAUGAAGCAGAUCAAACAGAGCGUGCUCGACGGCACAUCCAAGUGGUCGGCCAAGAUUAGCAUCACAGUGUUGUGUGCCCAAGGUUUACAAGCCAAGGAUAAAACUGGUUCUAGUGAUCCCUAUGUCACCGUCCAGGUUGGAAAGACCAAAAAGAGGACCAAAACCAUCUAUGGCAACCUCAACCCUGUCUGGGAGGAGACUUUCAAUUUCGAAUGCCAUAAUUCUUCUGACCGCAUCAAGGUGCGAGUGUGGGACGAGGACGACGACAUCAAGUCUCGAGUGAAGCAAAAGUUCAAGCGCGAGUCUGACGACUUCCUGGGACAAACCAUCAUCGAGGUCCGCACUCUGAGUGGGGAGAUGGACGUGUGGUACAACUUGGACAAGCGCACUGACAAAUCAGCUGUGUCGGGGGCCAUUAGGAUGCACAUCAAUGUAGAGAUCAAGGGCGAGGAGACGGUCGCUCCAUACCACGUUCAAUACACCUGUUUGCAUGAGAACCUUUUCCACUUUGUGACAGACAUCCAGAACACCGGCGUGGUGAAGAUCCCCGAUGCUAAAGGAGAUGAUGCGUGGAAAGUAUACUAUGAAGAGACGCCUCAGGAGAUAGUUGACGAGUUUGCAAUGCGUUACGGAGUGGAGUCCAUUUACCAAGCCAUGACUCAUUUUGCCUGCUUGUCGUCUAAGUACAUGUGCCCGGGAGUGCCUGCUGUCAUGAGCACCCUGCUCGCCAACAUCAACGCCUACUACGCUCACACCACCCAGGCUACUAACAACGUCUCUGCCUCAGACCGCUUUGCCGCAUCCAACUUUGGGAAAGAGCGAUUUGUCAAGCUCCUUGAUCAGCUGCACAACUCCCUGCGGAUCGACCUCUCCAUGUACCGAAACAACUUCCCAGCCAGCAGCCCUGAGAGGCUGCAGGACCUCAAGUCUACAGUGGACCUCCUCACCAGUAUCACCUUCUUCAGGAUGAAGGUCCAGGAGCUCCAGUCUCCGCCCAGAGCGAGCCAGGUGGUGAAGGACUGCGUGAAAGCCUGUCUCAACUCCACUUAUGAGUACAUCUUUAACAACUGUCAUGAGCUCUACAGCCGCGAGUAUCAGACAGACCCAGCUAAGCAGGGUGCAGUUCCUCCAGAGGAGCAGGGACCCAGCAUCAAGAACCUGGACUUCUGGUCCAAACUCAUCACCCUUAUUGUCUCCAUCAUUGAGGAAGACAAGAACUCCUACACACCCUGUCUGAACCAAUUCCCCCAGGAACUCAACGUGGGUAAAAUCAGUGCUGAAGUGAUGUGGAAUCUGUUUGCACAGGACAUGAAAUAUGCUAUGGAAGAGCAUGAGAAAAACCGCUUGUGCAAAAGUGCCGAUUACAUGAACCUGCACUUUAAGGUCAAGUGGCUUUACAACGAGUACUGCAAAGACCUGCCUUUCUUCAAGAGCCGAGUGCCUGAAUAUCCGGCGUGGUUUGAGCCUUUCGUGAUUCAGUGGCUGGAUGAAAACGAGGAAGUAUCUCGGGACUUCCUGCACGGUGCUUUGGAGAGAGACAAGAAGGACGGGUUCCAGGUCACGUCCGAGCACGCCUUGUUCUCCUGUUCUGUGGUGGACGUGUUUUCCCAGCUCAAUCAGAGCUUUGAGAUCAUCCGGAAACUCGAGUGUCCGGACCCGCAGAUCGUAGGACACUAUAUGAAACGGUUUGCAAAGACCAUCAGCAAUGUGCUUCUCUCAUAUGCUGACAUCAUCUCCAAGUUGUUUGCCAACUACGUCACCAUGGAGAAAGUGCCCUGCAUCCUGAUUAACAACAUCCAACAGUUGAGGGUUCAGCUGGAGAAGAUGUUUGAGGCCAUGGGGGGGAAAGAUUUGUGUGUGGAGGCCAGCGACAUACUGAAGGACUUGCAGGUUAAACUCAACAACGUCAUGGAUGACCUCAGCAGAAUCUUUUCAGUCAGUUUCCAACCUCACAUUGAGGAGAAUGUGAAGCAAAUGGGAGACAUCUUAGCUCAGGUAAAAGGAACGUCAAAUGUAGGGAAUGCCAGUAGCGUGGCACAGGAUGCUGACAACGUCCUGCAACCCAUCAUGGAGUUCCUGGACAGCAACCUUACUCUGUUUGCAAAGAUCUGUGAGAAAACGGUGCUGAAGCGUGUGUUGAAGGAGUUGUGGAAGCUGGUGAUGAACACCAUGGAGAAGACCAUCGUUCUGCCGCCACUUACAGAUCAAACGGGCACUCAGCUCAUCUUCAACGCUGCCAAAGAGCUGGGCCAGCUGUCCAAACUGAAGGAGCACAUGGUUCGGGAGGAGGCAAAGGCGCUCACGCCCAAGCAGUGUGCCGUCAUAGAACUGGCCCUGGACACCAUCAAGCAAUAUUUCCAUGCCGGUGGUGUUGGUCUGAAGAAGACUUUCUUGGAGAAGAGUCCUGAUCUGCAGUCCCUGCACUACGCCCUGUCCCUCUACACGCAGGCCACAGACAAACUUAUUAGGACCUUUGUCCAGUCCCAGAACGCACAAGUGUUUGGCGGCAAGGGGGUGAGGUUCACCACUAGUGAGGAUGUUUACCCAGAAAAGGGAUCUGGGGUGGACGAUGCUGUGGGAGAGGUGUCCAUCCACGUGGAAAUCUUCACUCACCCCAACACUGGCGAGCACAAGGUCACCGUGAAAGUGGUGGCCGCCAACGACCUGAGGUGGCAGACGCAGGGAAUAUUUCGACCUUUUGUGGAGGUUUUCAUUAUCGGCCCGCACCUGAGUGACAAGAAGAGAAAGUACGCAACCAAGUCCAAGAACAACAGCUGGGCGCCGAAAUACAACGAAACUUUCACUUUCACGCUGAGCAGCGAGGUGGGCCCCGAGUGCUACGAGCUGCAGGUGUGCGUCAAGGACUACUGCUUUGCCCGCGAGGACCGCACGGUGGGCAUGGCGGUGCUGCAGCUGAAGGACGUGGCGUCCAAGGGCAGCGUGGCCUGCUGGCUGCCGCUGGGCAAGCGCAUCCACAUGGACGAGACGGGCCUGACCGUGCUGCGCAUCCUGUCGCAGCGCAACAACGACGACGUGGCCAAGGAGUUUGUCAAGCUCAAGUCGGACCAGCGCUCCGCCGAGGAGGGUCGCAGCUAAGCGGCUUUCUGAUUGGACCGCGACCACCUGGCAUUCCAGUGCUGUAAAUACAUUCAUUCCAGAGGGAGCCACGUAAGUUCAUCACCACGGAAUAACAACGUUGGGUCGUCGUCACUCGUGCCGUUACACGCGUCGUAUUCGGCUGCACAGGGUGUCAAAUACUGAAACUCGUAGCCAUUUUCUCCCCCCUUCCCUUCUUUCUGAGGAAGCGCCUUCAGGUAGUCGAACAGAGCACACUGCCUGACACCCACAUUGCCUUCUGUCUCCUUCACCCUCGUCUUUGUGAUGACAAACACAGACUGUGUGUGUGUGUGUGUGUGUGUGUGUGUGUGUGUGUGUGUGUGUGUGUGUGUGUGUGUGUGUGUGUGUGUGUGUGUGUGUGUUCUUCAUGACAAAGUAUUACGGCCCUACUGAGAAGAACAACUAGUACAAUUAUGAACCAAGAAUAAAGUACACGAGGUCUCAAUGUUACACUAAAAAAAGGAGUCCUCUUUCAAGAAGGAAGUCUAAGUCUCAUUAGAAUAAAGUUGUAACAUGAUGGAACGUUAAAAUGCUACGCCAAAGAUUUGGACCUGGAAAAAAGUUUCAUAAGAGGAAAAUUGUAUAACAGGGAAAAAAAGCAGUUAAACGUUAAUUUUCUGAAACUCUCGUGGAAAAAAAUCUUAAUGUU